UUUGCUCGCGUUCCUGGAUGUCUCUGGAGAACGGGAGGGUGGCGCUGCAGCCCCCUGGACAACCAGUAGAGGGCACAGUUCUUCACUACAGCUGUCAUGCUGGCUUCCUAUUGGAGGGUUUCAGUAUCUCACACUGUACCAAGCUGGGCAAAUGGGACUCUCCUAAACCACUCUGUGUCUAUGACAGUAAUUAUACAGGCAAGAAGAAACUGUACAUCGGAGCUCUGUUUCCCAUGAGUGGAGGAUGGCCCGGUGGUCAAGCGUGUCUCCCCGCAGCCCAGAUGGCUUUAGAUCUCGUGAACAACCGGACCGACAUUCUGCCAGACUACGAGCUGGAGCUCAUUCAUUACGACAGUAUGUGUGAUCCAGGAGAGGCCACUAAACUGCUGUAUGACUUGCUGUACACAGAGCCCAUAAAGAUCGUGUUGAUGCCGGGCUGCAGCUCCGUGUCUACGCUGGUGGCCGAGGCAGCACGCAUGUGGAACCUUAUAGUGUUUUCAUACGGCUCCAGUUCUCCAGCUUUAUCCAACCGCCAGCGUUUUCCCACUUUCUUCCGUACGCACCCGUCAGCAACUCUGCAUAAUCCCACACGUGUGCGGCUCUUCCAGAAGUGGGGAUGGACAAAGAUUGCCACCAUCCAACAGACCACUGAAGUUUUUACCUCAACUUUGGAUGAUCUGGAGGAGCGUGUGAAGGAGGCCGGCAUCGAGAUAAGCGUUAGACAGAGCUUCCUCACGGAUCCCGCAGUGGCUGUCAAAAACCUGAAGCGUCAAGAUGCUAGAAUCAUAGUCGGCCUCUUUUACGAGACUGAAGCCAGAAAGGUGUUUUGUGAGGUCUUCAAAGAGAAACUCUACGGUAAGAAGUACGUAUGGUUCCUCAUCGGCUGGUACGCAGACAACUGGUUUAAGAUCAAAGAUCCAGCCAUCAAUUGCACAGUGGAGAACAUGACGGAAGCUGUGGAAGGGCACGUCACCACUGAAAUCGUAAUGCUAAACCCGGAGACCGUCCGCGGUGCCUCCAACCUGACCUCCCAAGAGUUCCUGGCCCAGCUGAUGUCACGUCUCGGGGGGAAGAACCCAGAAGAAACGGGUGGAUUUCAGGAAGCUCCACUGGCGUAUGAUGCUGUAUGGGCUCUUGCACUGGCCCUCAAUAAAACGGUGGCCCCCCUGAGGGCCAAAGGCUGGACAUUAGAGGACUUCAACUACAACAACAAGGAAAUCACUGCUGAGAUUUACCGAGCCCUCAACACCAGCUCGUUUGAAGGAGUGUCUGGUCAUGUCGUGUUUGAUGCUCAAGGUUCACGUAUGGCCUGGACUCUCAUUGAGCAACUGCAAGGUGGGAGCUACAAGAAGAUUGGAUACUAUGACAGCACAAAAGGCAACCUGUCCUGGUACGGAAAUGACAAAUGGAUUGGCCUCGGCCCUCCGGCAGACCAGACCAAGGUGAUCGAGGAGUUCCGUUACCUUUCCCAGAAGCUCUUUGUAUCCGUGUCUGUCUUUGCCGGGCUGGGAAUCCUUCUGGGCAUAGUCUGCCUCUCCUUCAACAUAUACAACAGUAGCAUCAGAUACAUUCAGAACUCUCAGCCCUAUCUGAACAACAUGACGGCGGUGGGUUGUGUGCUGGCAUUAGCAGCUGUCUUUCCUCUCGGCAUCGAUGGCCUCCAUGUCCAUAGAUCACAGUUCCCUGUGGUCUGCCAGUUUCGCCUGUGGCUGCUAGGACUGGGCUUCAGUUUAGCCUAUGGCAGCAUGUUCACCAAGAUCUGGUGGGUUCACACCGUCUUCACCAAGAAAGAUGAGAAAAAAGAGAAGAGAAAGCACUUGGAGCCGUGGAAGCUAUAUGCGACCGUUGCAGUUCUUCUGGCUAUUGAUGUUCUCUCUCUGCUUAUCUGGCAGAUCGUGGACCCUCUGCACAUAACUGUGGAGAAGUUCACUAAAGAGGCUCCUAAAGAAGAUCUGGAUGUGUUGAUUCAGCCUCUUCUCGAGCACUGCAGUUCAGAGAAGAUGAACACGUGGCUUGGUGUGGUGUACGGCUACAAGGGACUUCUGCUGCUGCUGGGAAUCUUUCUGGCCUACGAGACCAAGUCCAUUUCCACAGAGAAGAUAAAUGACCAUAGAGCGGUUGGCAUGGCCAUCUACAAUGUAGCUGUGCUGUGCAUGAUUACUGCUCCGGUGACCAUGAUCCUCUCCUCUCAGCAGGACGCUUCAUUUGCAUUUGCCUCUCUGGCCAUAAUCUUCUCUGUCUACAUCACCCUCGUGGUGCUCUUUGUGCCCAAGAUACGGCGUUUGAUCACUCGUGGCGAGUGGCAGUCGGAACAGCAGGACACGCUGAAAACCGGCUCGUCCAACAACAACGAUGAGGAGAAGUCAAGACAGCUGGAGCGCGAGAACAGGGAACUCCAGAAGAUCAUUCAAGAGAAGGAAGAAAGAGUGACGGAGCUGCGGAAUCAGCUUGCAGAACGUCAGGCCUUGCGUUCUCGCAGACGCCUGUCCGUCCAGAAUCAGAACCAGAACCACAGCGUCCCGUCGUCUCAGGCUGAGCCCCCCAGCUACUCCCCCGCAUCAGACAAACCGUCCCUGCCUGCGUCCUUCUCCAAUUCUUCCAACCUGUACCAGGGCGAGGGCAAACUGAGCCGAAACAACUGCCACAACAGCCGUCUACCCCUGCUGUACAAAUGAGUCCGGGAUGGUGGAAUCUCAAGAAGGCAAUGAGCAAGGCCAAACUGCUGUCCGAAUGCUAUAGAGAUUCUGGUUGAAGCAGGAGUGAAGACGAGCUGAGUUACUUAAAUCAGGUUUGUGCUCUGCCGUUAUUGUGCCCUUGCCCUUGACUUAAAUCGGAGUUCUUCAAGGGGAACUGACUGUUUUUGCAAUUGGACCUCCGUAAAUCCCUUCGGAUAAAGCGUCUUUUAAACACUAGGACAGGGGUGUUAAGGAAGGAUUGUGUGGGUGCUGGAGCCAGACCCGGUCGAACAUUUCUUUGAAUUAUUUUGUUGAGUGACAGCGAAGGAAGAAGAGCGUGUCUCUGUGCUUCGCUUAGUAUUUGACGAGACUGUCACUUUAACGAGACAGACCUUGCAAUGCACCAACAGACGGUAUCAGAUGAAUCGUUCUCUCUCUCUCUCAUCCAGUUCACAAAGGAAAUGAGACAAGGUUUUAGCUGAACCUGUGAUUUACUUACUCCUAAAGGUGUUUGACCUGAGUCUGGUCGAUACUCUUAUUUUCCUCGUAUGCUUUCUCUCCUUUAAUCUCUACGGCCGUGUGCCAGGGUGCUUUAAUGGCUGUUCUGUCCUUGUCUCACUCUCUCUGACUGUUUUUUACAACCGUAGUAUUAGAAGUGAAGUGGAGUGAAAUGGGAAAGAAUGAAAGAAGAGUCUGUUUUAGUUUGGACUGUAUUAGCAUCCCUCUUAUUAGCAUAGUUUUCAUGAGAUCAUCGCUUAUGGCUUAUUUGUUUGUCAAAUCAUCUGUGAUGUUUGUGAUUUGUGUUACGUCACAGUUUGAGU